GCUUCUGUAAAUCAAGGGUUUACCAGUUUCGAGUGAAUCUCGAAGAUUUAUAAAAGAUUUUUGUAUCAUGUGAAGGGAAACAAGUUGUGCUCGUGCUCUUAUAACGUGUUGAUGAUGAAAGCGUAAGUACUCCCCGGAAGUCCACUGCAAAUUUUUCAUCUACUGUGACACCAAUGGGACUUUUUACGUGCAUUACUAGUAACAGCUUAUAAAGAAAUAAUGCCCAUGCCAGGUUUUGAGGACUCUGUGGAUGGCAGAAGGAAGGGUAAAUUUUCUGACAAGAGGAAACAUGGACACUAUGCAAAGAACAGAAAAUUAAGAAGCUUUGAUCACAAUCAUGGUUUUCAUGGCCCACGUCAACUUCAUGACCAGCCAUCUUUCAGGUAUGAUUCCCCAGGUCAUGAUAUCCCACACAGACCACCUGAAUCAGAUUUUUAUAUAUCACAUGGUCCAGACAGUUGUCAAAGACCUCCUGACCAUGACAUGUAUCGUGGACAUCCAGCCCAUGAGAUGUAUGGUGAUCGACUUGGGCCCGAUAGGUAUCAUCACCAUUCAGCGUACAGCAUGAAUAAUGGACCCCCUUUGCCUGGUAUGCAUGGAGGACCCCCUCUACCAAUGCCUGAUAUGCACAAGGGUCUUCCUAUACCUGAUAUGCAUAAUGGUCCUCCUAUGCCUGAUAUUCAUAAUGGUCCUCCUAUGCCUGAUCUACAUAAUGGCCCACUUAUGCCUGAUCUACAUAAUGGCCCACUUAUGCCUGAUAUGCAUAAUAGACCUCUUAUGCAUAAUGUGCAUAAUGGUCCUCCUAUUCCUAAUAUGCCUAAUGGACCAGUGCCUGGCCCUGAUAUUUAUCAUGGUCCGCCUCACCGAGAUAUUCAAGAUGGGCCACUUAACUCCAAUAGGUUUCUUGGGCCGUCAUGCUCUGAUUAUCAUCAUGGGUUGCGAAAACCUGAAAUUUACAAUGGACCAAUGGGCUCAGAUAGAUAUCAUGCAUCUCCAGACAUUGGUAUGCAAGGUACACAGGGACCAGAGAUGCAUUUUAGGCCACAAGUGCCAGAUAAUCAUUUUGUACCUCCAGGAUGUAACAUAGGCAGUGAAUCUCGUGAUGAUGUUUUCCAUAGACUCCCUGUCUCUGAUAUGGAUUGUGGGCCACUUUCAGAUAACUUCCAUGGCCCUCCUGGGACAGUUUUAUGUAAUGGUCCCCCAAUUGGUGAGAGAUACUGUAGACCUGGAGGAUAUGAUAAUCAUCAUAGACUACCUGGUAAUGAUAUUUGCCAUGGACCAAACAGAGCUGAUAUUUGUCACAGACCAAAUGGCCCCAACAACUUGGACCCCCAUCUUGGUCUCUCUCCUAGGGGGCCUGAGACUUGCCAUGAGCCUCUACCUCAUGAUAUUGCUUCUAAUUUAAAAGUUCCCGAUAUUUCUAACAAUCCUCCCAUUCAUGAGUAUCCCUCAGGUCAUUCUCAUCAUUCACCUCUUUAUCCUGGUAUGCAUCUGCAUCAUACACCACCUCUUUCUGUACCUCCUCCUCCCUUUAUUCCUAUGCAAGUAUCCAGUGUUCUGUCUUAUCCCCGUAUAGAGCCUUCAUAUCCUCCUCUCCCUCAGACACCUCCUUCAGAUCAGCGUCCUCCACCUCCUCCUUCGCCAUGUCCACCUUCACCUCGCCCCCCUUCACCCCAGCCUCCACCUCCUCGUCCUCCCUCCCCUACAUCCCCCCCUCCACUAUCUCCAGCUGGAGAAGAUUCUGUCAUAGUCAAAGAUGAACCAUAUGAUCCUGCUGAAGCAUUAUUUUCCCCAGCAUCAAGUAGUGACUCUCCUGAAAUGAAUGAGAAACAAAGAGAAUCUAUCAUUAAUAAGUAUGUAAGGCAUGCUCAAAAGUUAACGUCUUCUUGUAACAAUGUUCUGCCUAGUAAUCAGUCAGAAGCAAAUGUUGACAUUGAAAAGAAAACAGUAAGAAAUGUAAAAGUGGUGAAGAAUUCUCUAGAACCAAAGAAAAUGGAUACUGUUAAAAAAUGUGAAGAAUCUCCUGCAAGACCCAGUUUAGAUGCUCGGCUGAAACUCAUGUUUGGUGCUGCAUCUGAGAAAGAGUUACCUAAAAAGGGGAAAAAGAAAGCAUCUGCUAAAAUUGCUAAGGACACAAAGGGAGACAUUAAGGAAUUAUCCAGACCUCUCUCUCCACCACCUUCACCUUUUCGUUCAAAGCAAAUGUAUCAUUAUUGGCAUAAUGUUACUUUGAAAAUGAGAAAGUCUUCCAAAGUAAUCGGCAAUGAUUUUGUAAAUGCCAAAACACAUUCAGGCAUAAAAGACAUCAAACGUGAGAAAAAUAAACAUUCAGAUAAACCCAGUUCUGUCACGGAACCUUUUCAACGUCCUACUCUUCCACUUCCAAAGAUCCUUCCUACUGUCCCGCCCCCAAGCAGUAACUCAGACAUUGAAAAGGCACCGUUAAAUGAACCCCAUCUUAAAAUGGACUCUGUGCUCAAGAGCAGUGAUCGGCCACAUCCAUAUAAACUUGCUGGUCCUAAAGAUCGUGUUGUUCAGCAUUCUUUGGACACUGAAUUUGAAUUAACUUGUGAAGGCCCACUCCAUGGAAAUGGUAGUGAUAAGGAUUUCCUGGAGUCAGGUGAUUUGGCCAAUUGUAGUAUAGAGGGCUCUAGGGUCACGUCUGAUGAAGAUGAUGGGAUUCAUGGCCAUGAUGCUAUCCAUUUAGGAGGAGAGAGUGAAAUUGUUGAUGGUGAAAGUUGUAGUGAAAACAAAACCAUAAGUAUAGUGCUUUCAAAGAUUUUAGAAGACCUUAAAAAUGAAAUACGAAUGCAGUUGACAAGUGAAAUUCUAGAUAAACGAAUAAACAACUUAAUUGAUGAGCACAAGUUUUAGAGUAGUUGUGCACGAGGUUUGAGAACAUGAGCAUUAAAAUUUUAUAAGAACAGUGAAAUUUGAGUGAAUGUGAUUUAAGAAUUAUUUAUAUAGUCUAUUAUACUUAUGUAUGAUAGACAUCAGUUAUGAUGUAUCAUCAUGUCUUUCUAGCCUGUGAUAGUUUAGUCAAGUGAUGCAGGAAUAUGAAGGACCUCCAGGAAGAGCUACCACCAUUCUAAUUAGAACAAGUGACCACAGCAAGUACAGUACACCACAGUGUCAGUUGUACCUAGAGUGUUUUGAAAGAUUUGGUUAAAGGCUUUGUAAAAGCUUCUAACCUUUGAAAAUUUUAUUCAUUUUAGAAUUAUGUAAUAAGUUUGACUUAGAAAGGCCAUUCAAAUGUAAAUGCUGUACUUUUCUUUUUACACAUAUAAGCUCUUGUUAUUUGUUAAAAACAAAAUACUUGAGGUGUGAAGGGUGUAGCAUAAUUUGAAUAUUUUUAUUGUCUUCUAAAAUGUACUUCUUUGUGUAAUAUAUAUUUGUAUAUAAAUAUAUAUAAUCAGAAGAGAUGUUGGAAAGCCAUUAAACUUAACCGUAAUGCCUUGCCUUGUUUAUUUAGUGCCAGCCAUUAUGGAAAGAUGCAAGACAUGAUUUGAUUUUGCUAUAAGGAAUAAAUUUGAUUACUUCGAUGGUUGCACACACAUUUUGAGGUUUGGAGUCAUAAUAAGUUAUUUCUUGGUUUGGAUUUCUGUCUGUAGCAGUUUAUGUUGAGUCAUCACAGGAUGGUGCCUUUUUUCCCUCUGUAUUAGAUAGUGUGUAGUUGUUGAAAGAUCCAGCUUCAAAUGUUAUAUAUACUGUACUUAAUCCUAACCAUUUCCAAAACAGAAUUUAAGUCCCAUUUUUGCAUAAUUACUUCAAUACAUAUCUUUGUUAGCUGGUGACAGGUAAAAUUUGAAACAAGUAUCACAUGUUUGGGAGAGCAAGAUUUGUAGCUACAGAUGGACUGUUCAAAAUUAUAUUAAUUGGGAAGUGUUAUUCGUUAUGAGAUAAUGUUAGGAUGCUAAAAGGAAAGUUCCAUAUUACAUUUUGGAGAUAUUUUGUAGUGUUUAUGCUUUACAAAGUUUGUUAGUAAAAACAUAGGUAAAGCAUUUUUGUAAAUUGUAUUAAUUUGUUAGAGAUUGUUCAUGGAAGGCAACAUAUGUACAUUUUAUUUGAGUUUUUGUGUUUCUUGAUUCUUAGGCACUUUCAUCUAUUUUGAUGAAAGUUUCCCAUAGUUAGGAAUAAUGUUACUGUAGCCCCUCAACUUUUUAGAUGUUUCUGGUGUCUGGCCUUUCUAUGAGAAACAGACCUUAUAGUAUAACCUAUUUUCAAGAUUUUCCAUGCUAGCAAUAAUUUUAUAUGGUUUCCAUAAGCUCACACUUAUUUUGUGUAAGCAAUUUAUUAGCAACAUUUUUGAAAAGGUGCCCUGGCAAAAAACAGUCGGUGUAGCUGAUAAGUUGAGUGGUUUCCAUUUGUCCCUGAACUUAUGCUUGAUAUGAAACAAUUAGUUUGUUUUGCUCGCGGGAAAAACUAGCCAAGUGUUUCUUAUUUAUUCUCGCUGUUUGAGUGAACUUUUGUUGUGGUUAGAAUAUAAAGUUGAUGGAUCCAUAUGAAAUAGGCCAAAUGAUGGAAGGGAUGUCUUUAUACCUAUGCUUUGCAACAUAUAAACUUUAAUAAUGAGGUUUCAUUUUCACUUUCUUCUUAGCAGCCAGGCUUUUCUGUUUCUGUUUCACAUUUCCUGUGACUACUUUUCUAAAAGUUAGAGACAGGAUAUCUCAAAGCCAAAUUAAAACCAAUGUCUGUAAUAAAAGUUUUCACUGUUGAGCUUAAAGUGAUACAAAAAAAACAAACAAUGGUUGGUCAGUUUAUGUCUGUGGAGUACCAAAAGUUUUUAUGGCAAGUCUGAAUCUCAGAAGAGCAAUGAAGUUCCAAAUUCUCCUGAAUAUUCUACAGUACAAAAGGUUAAAUAUUCAUUCAUAAUUAUGUAUGUUGAAAUAUGGCUGAUCCAUAUAGACAUUAAAGGCAAUAAGAAUGACUGCUAUACUGAUAUAUCACAAAACUGACCUGUAUUUACAGCCAAGAGGUUUGGGAAAAUGAAGAGAUUUAAUGAAUUUUUUCCCAGUGCCUCGCUGUAGUAUAAUAAUGUUCAAAGCAGCUUAGGGAUACAUUGAAAAUUAAUUCAAUUUUAAGGCAAGUAAACUGCUGUAUUGUUUUUCAUCCUUACAAGGUAUUAUAAAGUCAUGCAGAAUUUAAAAGUAAGUUUUGUCAUUCUGUGAGACUCAGUUUUAGCAGUAACAGUGUGUGCACCUAAGAGCAGAACAAAAGUACUAUACUGUAAUUGUAUUUUUAAACAAAAGAGGCUUGCUUUUGUCAUCUUUUAGUUAUGGCUGAAAACUUAUAGCAGGAUAGAGGCUUUUUCCACUUUCCAGAGUUAAAGCAUACAUAUUUACAUAACUUCUGCAUUUAGGUUGAAUUUAUUCUAGAUUUGGAAAACAGUGAUGACUAAUUUAUUACUUAUUUCAUAUUCUGUCUAUGAUGUAUCCUAGUAUGGCUCUGACCAUCACAUAUUUAUUGUACAACUUGCUUUCCUAAUUUGGUUAUGAAGGCAUGAACCUACAAGGUUCAUAUGUAUAUAUAAAUGAUUAAUGAACAGGACAGAUGAUCAAUUUGAAAGUGAUGAACCAGUGGACUUGAAUGACUUGGUAUAGAUAAACCAUGUAUUCUCAUAAAUUUAUUUUUAAAAGUAUGCCCCUAUUCUUUGUACAGUAUUAUUAAGUGAUGUAGAUGUGUUAUUGUGUAGGGCCUGAUAAAUUGUAAUAAAGCGUGGGUUUUUUCA